GCGGAAGUACUUCUAUGAGUGGUACCAUGAGUGCGUGAGCAGCAAGGUUAUUUUUAAUUUAUAGUAAAAUAAGUUUUUGUUAUCAUGACACCUAAGUGACUCCCUAAAAAACAAGAAAAGAAAAACGAAAGGGAAAAAAGGACGACACAUCGUUUAUUGGCAUGGCCAGGUCUAUGCAGAUACUCUCCCUCCUCUCCAAAUUUGGUGCUUCAUCUCGGAUUCCCUCAGUGAGUGCUAGCAACUGCCGAUUUGCAAGCAGAGGGGCCAGCAAGGCACGGAUGGGACAGGGCCCUGCGCAGGCAGACAGAGGAUCAAGCAGACCAGGAUACAGCGAUGAGACAUCUAAUGGAGAACUCGAGCUGGAGGACGUGGAGGACAAACUGCAAGCCUUAAUUCAGGAAGAGAGAAAAAGACAGAAGACUGUGAAGUAUCACAUAUUAAGGAGGCAGAUGACACCAUCAGGAGCUCCAGAGAGGAGGUUAACCUGGGAUGCCAUUGAGCAGAUCAGAUAUCUGAAGCAAAAUCAGCCAGACGAGUGGACAGUAGAGCGUCUGGCUGAAGGCUUCUCUGUCAGCCAUGAUGUGAUCCUGAGAGUCCUGAGAAGCAAAUUCAUCUCCUCUCCUGAAAGAAAAGCCAAGCAGAAUGCAAAAGUAAUGGCUAAAAUGAGCCAGCAGGUGCUGCCUUCAGGUGCUAAGACACAGCAGGACAGGUUGAAACUGCCCGAAAGGAACUCACAAGCCAUACUCCCACCUGGGAGCACAGAAGGUGCUUUGAUCCCUGUGGCUAAUCAGACUCAGGUGAUUCAAGGUCAUGGCUCACGUUCCCUAGCUAAGAGUCCUGUCCCUGUUACUGUUCAGCCCAGACACAUUGCAGCUGGUAUUAGUGAAGAUGCCACAGUGACAGAAACAACAGAACGCAGCACUAAUGAGAGUGAGCUUACAGAGGAGGAUGAAGAGAGUUGGGAUGGACAGGUGUUGACAGAGGAAGAACUUGAAGAGCUUAUGAAAAUGGAAAAGCCCUCUCCAGCAGUCCAAGUUGGGAAUGAUUUCUUUGAUGCAGAUGGAAACUUUUUGUAUAGAAUCUGAGAAUAUUUUGUGUUGUUAGCUCAGCAUGUGCAAUGUUGGGGUCAUGCAAAUUACCAAAUAAAAGUUAUUUUGAAUCUUUGUGCAAAAGA